UUCAGCUGUGUUCUCCUUCGAAUAUGUUUAUUGACCUUGUAACUACGAAAACUGAAAAUAACUGGACGAAACUGGACGGCAAUUGCUCUAUUUGUGAACAUAACAUGAAACACUUGAUACACCAUCCCAUGAGAUGAAGAAAGAGACUUUGGCGUCAAUUUUGACAUUUUCUAUUUGGUUUUGUUUUAAUACUUCCCAAGCAAAAGUCACAAAUAUAUUUGGGAAUGUCACAUGUGUGCCAUGCCCUGUUGGGACAUAUGCAAAUGACAGUUUACUGCAAUGCAAGCAGUGUGCUAUUUCAGGAUAUUGCAUCAAUUCAUCAUCAUGUGUAGAGUGUCCUCCUGGACAUUUUCAAAAUGAACAAGCAAAAGCAUCAUGUAAUCAGUGCAGUCCAGGGUACCAUCAAGAAUUACCUGGACAAUCAAACUGUACUUCUUGUAAGCCUGGAAUGUAUCAACCUUUAYUGGGAAAAGCAACUUGUUUGCCAUGUAAAGUAGGAUUUUAUCAGCCAAAAUCAGCCCAGAAAACRUGUUUCGAGUGUGAAUCAGGRCACUACCAGCCACAGGCAGGACAAAAGACUUGUCUGGAAUGUAAGCCUGGAUCUUCACAGCCAAGUCAUGGACAAACUGAAUGUCAGUUAUGUGAUAAGGGACAGUAUCAGCCUCUGCCUGGAAAGGCUAAGUGCUCAGAAUGUAGUCCUGGCUAUUCACAAAAUGCACAAGGUCAACCAAACUGCACAGCCUGUAAACCAGGUGAAUACCARCCARAAYCUGGACAAUCUGAAUGUCUGUUAUGUGAUAAGGGACAGCACCAGMCACUGCCUGGUCAACCAAACUGCACAGCCUGUAAACCAGGCCAAUACCAGCCAAUAUCUGGACAAUCUGAAUGUCKGUUGUGUGAUAAGGGACAGYAYCAGCCACWGCCUGGAAAAGKUAAUUGCYUGRAWUGUAGUGCUGGUCAUUCACAGAAUGAACAAGGUCAACCARACUGCAAAGCMUGUGAGCCAGGCUCAUAUCAGAAUUUAASAGGACRAUCACAAUGUGAGUUAUGCCCAAAAGGACAUUUUCAAGACAUUCCUGGUGCAACAACAUGUAAAGCAUGUACACCAGGAACUUAUCAACCAAACUCUGAUAAAAGACCAUCCAGCCACAGCCUGUGUCAAUUGUGCCCAACUGGAACAUAUUGCAGCCAUAAUGAAUGCUCUCAGUGUGAACCAUGCCCAGCAGGAAAAGAUUCACAAUUUGGAGCAAGAAACUGUACAAACUGUACAGCAGGGAAAUAUAAGCCUGAAAAGGGAACUGCGCAAUGUCAAUAUUGCAAAGCAGGGUGGUAUCAAACAAAGACUGGUCAGACAUCAUGUAAGGAAUGCCCCGAGGGUUACUACUGCCCAUGGCCUAGUGAUGAGCCCCAUCAGUGCCUACCAACAGUAUAUUGCCCACCRGGRAAUACCUCACCAUCAGGAAAGCARUGCGCAACAUUGUUUCAAAGAGAUCCCGAUAACAAGAAAAACUGUGUGCCAACAACCGCUGUGACAGUUAUAAUUGUUGUGGGUGUUGUGGGAGUAGUGUUAAUAGUUGCUAUUAUAGUGUAUAGAAGAAUCCAAAGACGAGGUGGUGAAAACCAGAGAUUACUGUCGUCAAAGAGUCAUCCCGUUUAUACAGGAUGGUGAACAAGAACGCUUACUUCCUAGACGUUUUAAGAUCCGUUCGCUUAAAUUAUCAAAAUAUUUGAAAAGAUUUUUCAGAAUCGUUGCAAAAAACACAACAUCUGAUUCGUACCAUAACUGGACACCUAUAGUUAGCCUGCAAAAUACACCAAAACACUGAUAUUGUAAAUUAGAAUCUUUUUAAAACAGAGCAAUCAAUUUUUUUAAGUUAUCGAUCUUAUUUUUAUUAUGUAAUGAUAGUAACUUUAUUGACUCAUCAUUCAGUGAAAAAUACGAUGAAUUUACGAAUGGGUUUGCUUACGCUGAACCUUUACAUUUGUUGAGCUAAAUAAGAUACCCUGCGAACAGAGUGUUACUUAUCUGUUAGGAGUGUUACCCCAGCCCCCCCUGGUGAAUGACACUCUGUUCGCAGGGUAUAACUAACUAAGAUUAUCUCAAUCAGAAACUGGACCAAUCAAAAACGUUUUUAUUGCAAAUGUAUAUACAGUAUAAAUUAUUUUUCAAUUUGAUUCAUUUAUGACGAAUAAAUUCGGCAUUCUAUUAAUAUAAGUAGUUCAAUAAAAUCCUGUAUUUCAAGUGGA